AUGGCCUCCAUCAGAACCCUCGCUCUCGCCGCCGCCGCACGCCCCUCCCGCCCCCUCCUGCAGCGCACUGUCGCCCCCGCGGCCGCCACGCACCUCGCUGCCGUCAGGAACUAUGCGACGGCCCGCUCGCCCAUCCCGGGCUACCGUAUCGGGCGGGCGCAGACCUGGGAGGAGGGCGAGAGUUCGCUGGAUAAGGCGGCGAAAUUCUUCCUCAUGUCGGAGAUGGUGAGGGGAAUGUAUGUGGUGCUGGAACAGUUCUUUAGGCCUCCGUACACUAUCAUGUACCCCUUCGAGAAGGGUCCCAUCUCGCCCCGGUUCCGUGGUGAGCAUGCGCUCAGACGGUACCCCUCUGGCGAGGAGCGCUGCAUUGCGUGCAAGUUGUGCGAAGCUGUGUGCCCAGCUCUGGCCAUCACCAUCGAGGCCGAGGAGCGUGAGGAUGGCAGCAGGAGGACAACCCGCUAUGAUAUCGACAUGACCAAGUGCAUCUACUGCGGUUUCUGCCAGGAGUCUUGCCCCGUCGACGCCAUUGUCGAGUCCCCCAAUGCCGAGUACGCCACCGAGACCAGGGAGGAGCUGCUGUACAACAAGGAGAAGCUGUUGGCAAACGGUGAUAAGUGGGAACCCGAGCUUGCCGCAGCUAUCAGAGCCGACUCCCCGUACAGAUAA